AUGGGGUUUUUGGAGCCUUGCUUUGCUGGGCUAGAGCAGGAGUCGGGCUUCUACUUCAACUUGAAGCACUUCGAGGACCUCGUGCAGGGCGGCGAGUGGGAUGAGUUGGAGAGGUACCUCAGCGGCUUCACCAAGCUGGAGGACAACCGCUACUCCAUGAAGAUCUUCUUUGAGAUCCGCAAGCAGAAGUACCUCGAAGCCCUUGAUAGGCAUAAUAGGGCCAAGGCUGUGGAGAUUCUCGUGAAGGAUCUGAAGGUGUUCGCCUCCUUCAAUGAGGAGCUGUUCAAGGAGAUAACACAGCUGCUGACCUUGGAGAAUUUCAGCGCUACAGAUCCAAUGGUCCGCUUGUUGGAUCCAUCCCUAAGUCAGCUGGAUUUCCACCAAUGGGUGCUCAUGCUCCACACCAAUGGGGAUCUUCAUGCUGCAAACCUUGACAACAAUCAAGGUUCCGACAACAAUGGCGAUCAUGCAUCGAUAAUGUGA